AGCUACAUCAAACAUUUUUACGAUGGAGUCAGCAGAAGAGGACUCGAUGCACGACCAGAGUUCAGAGGACGAAGUCAGUGACUUAUCGGAUGGAGAGCUUCAGGAAGCUUUCGCUAAAGGGUUGCUGAAACCUGGGAUGAAUCUUGUGCUGGAGAAGAAUAAGAAACUUGUCAACAAUGUGGAGGGGUUGAAACAGUGCCUUGCUGAUUUCCGCAAAGACCUACCUUGGGUGGAGAGGUUAGACAUGACCAAUCUGCCAGCUAAAGACGUUGUCUCUGAAACUGAAAUGAAGGUUUCUGCUGAGACCAAAGGAGAACUCGAUGCAGAUGAUGAUUUCCAACGAGAAAUGUUCUUCUACCGGCAGGGGCAAGCUACAGUCCUGGAUGCCCUGCCUCUCCUCAAAGCGCAUAAUAUAGCCACUAAGAGGCCGGAUGAUUAUUUUGCAGAGAUGGCCAAGUCAGAUCAACAAAUGCAGAAGAUAAGGCAAAAGUUGAUCACAAAGCAAAUGAUCCUGGAAAGGUCUGAAAAAGCCAAAAAGCUGCGUGAGCAGAGGAAGUUUGGGAAAAAGGUCCAAACAGAGGUGAUUCAGAAGAGACAGAAGGAGAAGAAGGCUAUGAUGUCAGCAGUAAAGAAAUACCAGAAAGGAAUGACUGACAAACUGGAUUUCUUGGAAGGAGACAAGAAAGGAUCUAAGAAUUUGUCUGAUGGGUCAAAGAAAGCUUUAGCCAAAAAGGGCAAUAAUGCUAAGCGAAAAUUCAAGGAUCAAAAGUUUGGCUUUGGAGGUAAAAAGAGCGGGAAGAAGUGGAACACAAAGGAGAGCUUCAACGAUGUUUCCGGUUUCCGAGCCAAAAUGGCUCACGACAAGGGAGUGAGGAAAGGCAAAGGAGGAAAUAAAAAUAAAAAUAAACGUCCAGGCAAGUCUGUCCGCAGGAAGAUGAAGGGUCGCUCAUAAACUGGACAGGAUUUGGACCUCAUUUCUUGGGCAGGAUUAAGCAGGACACUGUAAUUUGGACUACAUGUAUAUAUUUUAUACAAUGUAAUUAAACGUGGAAUUGUGUGUAGAUGUUGAACACCAUAAAACACACACUUUAAGAUGGAUCCUGUUCAGACAGAGGUAAACUGCAGACUUGGCUGAAAACACAGUUUUCCUCCAGGCAUUUUCAAGUCAUCUUUUAUUGGUCAUCGAAUGAUGGUCUUAAGGCCAUUUUUGGAGACCACAUGUCAGUAUCUACUCCAGCUGCCAUGCUGUCUAAUGGAUACCAUGUAUUCUGACUUUGGGAUACUGUUUUUGAGUUUUUCUGAAUUUGCCCCUGGACUUAAUAGAUUCUCUGAUGUGGCAUGACCUUUUAUUACCAAGCUGCUGUCAGUUUUGCCUUUGCCCAUUCAUUAGUAUGUAAUGUGUUUUGUAUAGAUUUGUGGUUUACUUUGAGAGUAAACCUCACAUAUGCAAAUAAAACAAGAAUGUUUUAAUGAUGAACACAA